UGUGUUGGUUUCCUGGUUUUGUGUCUUGUCAAUUUUUUUUUGUCUUCGUGGUCACUAAACUCUGAAUUGGAAUUUUUUUAUUGUCAUUUUCGCGUCGCGUAUCAUCAUUGUAAAAAGUAGACAAAAAAAAACCCUCCCAGUGAAUUAUUUACAAUAGUUUUUUUUCAAUUUCCUAUAAAUAAAAAAAGUGAACAAUUUUUAAGACAGUGAAAAUGACGACUCGCAUGGAAAAAGAACGUGCUAAACAGAUUCAAGACAAAUGUCAAAACUUACUUAAUCAAAUGCUUCGUGAUGAAGACAACAAGUAUUGUGUUGAUUGUGAUGCCAAAGGACCAAGAUGGGCAAGUUGGAAUUUGGGAAUAUUUUUAUGCAUUCGUUGUGCAGGAAUUCAUAGAAAUCUUGGCGUUCAUAUAAGUAAAGUGAGAUCGGUUAAUUUAGACACAUGGACACCUGAACAAGUUGUUAGUUUACAACAAAUGGGAAAUUCGAGAGCUAGAGCUGUUUAUGAAGCAAAUCUCCCGGAUAGUUUUCGGCGACCUCAAACUGACAGUAGUCUUGAAAAUUUUAUUCGUGCAAAAUAUGAACAUAAAAAAUAUAUUGCUAGGGAAUGGGUUCCACCUACAUUGCCAAAGGUAAAUUGGGAUAAAGAAUUGGAUGAGGAGGCAGAAAAACAGCGGAGACGUAAAAAGGAAGUAUCAAAAUCUAAUGUAUCUCAAGCGCCAUUGCCACCUGUUAAAAAGCCUGAAGUUGUGCCUCAAUUGCCGAAACCACGAAGUUCCGUUAGUCCAAAACCAAAUAGAAUAAGCAAUUCUGCUGUUGGUGGUAGCGGUACUCUUGAUCUUCUCGGCCUCGGUUCAACGGAAAAUACAGCAAAUGGUUCAGACGAUAUAUUCUCAUCUUUUCUAUCAGCUCCUCCAUCGAGUUCAGCUAAUAGUGAAACAACAAAUACAACAACUAACACAACAGGAAAAUCAGAAGAAGAGAGCUUUUUCAAUCAAACCGCACCAUCUGCUCAAGAAAAGAGCAAAAUGACCAAGGACAGUAUUCUUGCUCUUUAUGGAACACCAAGUAAUCAACAAUCAAUUUUCGGAGUUUCUGGUGGCAUGUUUCCGCAACAAAUGACAUCACAACAAUUUGCACAACAAAAUAUGAAUGCAUUCAGUCAAAAUAGUUUUCCAAAUCAACAAUCAUUUCAAAUGGGAAUGCCGGCAACAAAUCAAAUUCCUCAAAUGUGUAUGAAUACAAUGGGUGCUAAUCAAAUGGGAUUAGGACAUGGAAAUGGUUCUACAAUGACAAUGCAAGCUCAAAUGAUGAAUCCUAUGGGACAAAAUAAUAUAGCGGCUAAUAAUUCAUGGAGUGGAAUGAUGACAACGCCUAAUAUUUUACCAGCACCGGGAAGUAAUCCAUUUUUCAAUUUACCUAAUCAACAAAUUCAUAAUUCAACUCCUGUUCCUCAGCUACAACAACAAAUGUCUCAACUUUCAAUGAAUGGACUUGGUUUUUCCAAUGCGAAACCAGCGACUGCUGCAUUACCUGGACAAACACUUUCGACAAAUCUCUGGCAGUAACGAAGCCUUUGUGGUAUAUAAUUGAAAUCUUUAGGCCCGUUGAUUUUUUGUUUUGAUGUCAACUAGUAUUUAUGGAAGAAUUUUGUUGAAGCGCAUUAAUUUCAUCGUAAGCUUCAAAGAAAUUGCGCUAUUUUUCAGCACUUUGUAAAAUUAACGACAAAAACAAUUCUUGUCGUUUUUGGAGGAAAAGCGAGGUAAUAAAUUCAAGUAAUCGACUUUUGUCUCAUA